AUGUCUCGCGAAGCUUACCAGGUCCCUUCCAUGGGCACCCAGAACGCCUUCAGCACCGAUGCCGGAUAUGGCAGCGCCAUGGCUGUCGACAAGUCUUCUGUCGCCUACCUCUGCGGCGAGUGCUCAGCCCGCGUUACCCUGAAGUCCGGCGACCAGAUCCGUUGCAAGGACUGUGGUCACCGUGUGCUCUACAAGGAGCGUACCAAGCGGUGA